UUCUUUUGCUCUUUCUUUCUGGAAGCGUCAGGGGUGUCCAGUCCUUUGGGUGCUGAAGAGAGCGCUCCAGACUGGAUGGUGGGAGGCGGGCACGGAGCCGGCCUCUCCUUUCCACAGGGCUGCAGAGAGCGAGGUGCACGGAAAAUGCGAGCCGGCCAGGAAGGGGAGGAGAACAGUUAGGACCUUCUCAGUUAAAAAGGAAAAAUGGCUAAAGGCAGUGCAUCUGUGUUUGCAGGCAGCUGCCCAGAUGUUGGUGCGCACUGAAUGCGAGGACGAUCCCCAGUGCCGCCCUUUGAAGGGCGUGGGGGGCUGCCGGAGCGUAACCAGCAACUCCGCUCCACGCCUUUCUCUAGUGCCUGGCUAGCGGAGUCACGGCUCGGUCGAUUCAGGCAAAUUCUGCAAAAUUUCCAAGGGAUGGCUGUUCUAAUAAUAGCUCUGGCCGCGGCUCCUUCAUAGACCUCCUCAUUGUGAAUGAUGCCGCGUCGCCAGCCCGCUGGGGAGCGCAGCUUGCUGGGAGACGACAUCCAGUGACCCCUCCAUGAAUGGACGAGGCGCUGCCUCCCCUGUGAAUGGAACAUCCCGACCCAGGCUGCCUGCCUGCUUCUGCCUCCUUUCAGUUUGAAUCCUCCUGGAUUCUGAAGCGAGAUGACGGAGGGCCGUCGAUGUCAAGUCCAUCUCCUAGAUGACCGGAAGUUGGAACUCCUAGUACAGCCCAAGCUUUUGGCCAAGGAGCUUCUUGACCUCGUGGCAUCUCAUUUCAACCUGAAGGAGAAGGAAUAUUUUGGAAUAGCAUUCACGGACGAGACGGGACACUUAAACUGGCUUCAGCUAGAUCGAAGAGUGUUGGAACACGACUUCCCCAAAAAAUCAGGACCUGUGGUUUUGUACUUUUGUGUCAGAUUCUAUAUAGAAAGCAUCUCCUACCUGAAGGACAACGCCACCAUUGAACUCUUCUUCCUGAAUGCCAAGUCCUGCAUCUACAAGGAGCUUAUUGAUGUGGACAGUGAAGUGGUAUUCGAAUUAGCUUCCUAUAUUUUACAGGAGGCAAAAGGAGAUUUUUCUAGCAACGAGGUGGUGAGAAGUGACCUGAAGAAACUGCCAGCUCUUCCCACGCAAGCCCUGAAGGAACACCCCUCCCUGGCCUACUGUGAAGACAGAGUCAUUGAGCACUACAAGAAACUGAAUGGCCAGACGAGAGGCCAAGCAAUUGUGAACUACAUGAGCAUUGUGGAGUCUCUCCCAACCUAUGGGGUUCACUACUAUGCAGUGAAGGAUAAGCAAGGGAUACCAUGGUGGCUGGGGCUGAGCUACAAGGGAAUCUUCCAGUAUGACUAUCAUGAUAAAGUGAAGCCAAGGAAGAUAUUCCAAUGGAGACAGUUGGAAAACCUGUAUUUCAGAGAAAAGAAGUUUUCCGUGGAAGUUCAUGACCCCCGCAGGGCUUCAGUGACAAGGAGGACUUUCGGGCACAGCGGCAUUGCUGUGCACACGUGGUAUGCAUGUCCAGCAUUAAUCAAAUCCAUUUGGGCUAUGGCGAUUAGCCAACACCAGUUCUAUCUGGAUAGAAAGCAGAGUAAGUCUAAGAUCCACGCAGCGCGAAGUCUGAGCGAGAUCGCCAUCGAUCUGACGGAGACAGGGACGCUGAAGACCUCGAAGCUGGCCAACAUGGGGAGCAAAGGGAAGAUCAUUAGCGGUAGCAGUGGGAGCCUGCUCUCCUCAGGGUCGCAGGAAUCAGAUAGCUCACAGUCGGCCAAGAAAGACAUGCUGGCUGCCUUGAAAUCCAGGCAGGAGGCCCUGGAGGAGACGCUGCGCCAGAGGCUGGAGGAACUGAAGAGACUCUGUCUCCGGGAAGCUGAGCUCACUGGCAAGCUGCCCAUUGAGUAUCCCCUGGAUCCUGGAGAGGAGCCGCCCAUUGUUCGGAGAAGAAUUGGGACAGCCUUUCAGCUGGAUGAACAGAAAAUCCUGCCCAAGGCAGAGGAGGCGGAACUGGAACGGCUGGAACGCGAGUUUGCCAUUCAGUCCCAGAUCACCGAGGCUGCCCGCCGCCUGGCCAGUGACCCCAACGUCAGCAAGAAACUGAAGAAACAAAGAAAAACCUCUUAUCUGAAUGCACUGAAGAAACUGCAGGAGAUUGAAAAUGCCAUCAAUGAGAACCGCAUCAAGUCUGGGAAGAAACCCACCCAGCGGGCAUCGUUGGUCAUAGACGAUGGAAAUAUUGCCAGUGAAGACAGCUCCCUCUCUGAUGCCCUUGUCCUCGAAGAUGAAGACUCUCAGGUUACCAGCACAAUAUCCCCCGUUCAGUCUCCACACAAGGGACUCCCUCCUCGGCCGCCGUCUUCCCACAAUAGGCCUCCUCCCCCGCAGUCCCUGGAGGGGCUCCGGCAGACGCACUACCACCGCACUGACUAUAAGUCACCCUUAAAGCCCAAAAUGUGGAGCGAGUCGUCUUUGGACGAGCCUUACGAGAAGGUGAAGAAACGGUCCUCCCACGGCCACUCCGGCAGCCACAAGCGCUUUCCCAGCACCGGAAGCUGCGCUGAAGCAGGCGGAGGCAGCAGCUCCUUGCAGAACAGCCCGGUCCGCAGCCUCCCGCACUGGAACUCCCAGUCCAGCAUGCCGUCCACGCCAGACCUGCGUGUCCGGAGCCCCCAUUAUGUCCACUCCACAAGGUCCGUGGACAUCAGCCCCACCCGACUGCACAGCCUCGCGUUGCACUUUAGGCACCGGAGCUCCAGCUUGGAGUCCCAGGGCAAGCUCCUGGGCUCGGAGAACGACACGGGGAGCCCGGACUUCUACACCCCGCGGACUCGUAGCAGCAACGGCUCGGACCCCAUGGACGACUGCUCGUCGUGCACCAGCCACUCGAGCUCGGAGCACUACUACCCGGCGCAGAUGAACGCCAACUACUCCACGCUGGCCGAGGACUCGCCGUCCAAGGCCCGGCAGCGGCAGCGGCAGCGGCAGCGCGCGGCGGGCGGCCUGGGCUCGGCCAGCUCGGGCAGCAUGCCCACCCUGGCGGCGCGCGGCGGCGGCGGCGGCGGGGCGGCGGGCGCGGGGCCCGCGGGGGGCGGCGCGGCGGCGGCGGCGGCGGCGGGCACGGCGGGCGCGGCGGCGGGCACGGCGGGCGGCGUGUACCUGCACAGCCAGAGCCAGCCCAGCUCUCAGUACCCCAUCAAGGAGUACCCGCUGUACGUGGAGGGCGGCGCCACGCCCGUGGUGGUGCGCAGCCUGGAGAGCGACCAGGAGGGCCACUACAGCGUCAAGGCGCAGUUCAAGACGUCCAACUCGUACACGGCCGGCGGCCUCUUCAAGGAGAGCUGGCGCGGGCCCGGCGACGAGGCCGACGCGGGCGGCCGCCUGACGCCGUCGCGCUCGCAGAUCCUGCGGACGCCGUCGCUGGGCCGCGAGGGCGCCGCCGCCGCCAACGCCGGCGACAAGGGCGCGGGCCGCGCCGCCGUGUCGGACGAGCUGCGCCAGUGGUACCAGCGCUCGGCCGCCGCGCACAAGGAGCACGGGCGCCUGGCGCACGCCAGCUCCGCCUCGGCGGACGGCGGCUCGCAGUGCAGCCCCUCGUCCCAGAGCACCUUCGUGGCGCACAGCAGGGUCACCAGGAUGCCCCAGAUGUGCAAGGCCACGUCAGCUGCCUUACCUCAAAGCCAGAGAAGCUCAACUCCGUCGAGUGAAAUCGGAGCCACCCCCCCAAGCAGUCCGCACCACAUCCUGACCUGGCAGACUGGAGAAGCAACAGAAAACUCACCCGUCAUGGAUGGGUCUGAGUCUCCAACUCACCAAAGUACUGACGCAUAGAGGAGCUCCAGUGACAGCUGCUUCCUGGACUCCUCCCUCUACCCAGAGCUAGCCGACGUCCAGUGGUACGGGCAGGAGAAAGCCAAGCCCGGGACCCUCGUGUGAGCCAGCCCGGCCCGAUCUGACCGCCUCGAUGCCAUUCUGAGUCACCUCACUGCCUCUCAUUUGCCUUACCCAGACGCACUGCACCGUCACCUGCACCAGCCUGGCCCUCAGCACUUUGGUUGUUUUUUUUUCCCUCUCUUCUGUCUCCGCAUUCCCUCCACCCUCAAAACCCUGACUGAGGAGACAUUCUGGAAGGUUCCGGUCCCACUGUGUGUCCCCUGGCUCUCUCGCUCACAGAGAGUCGGACAGCAAUCCUCAAUGGCACCUUGGUGGCUUCCCCUGCCGUGACAGCCCCAGGCUGGGAGAUGCCCAUGCCCGGGCGCGCGCUGCCCGGAGAUGACGUGCGCAGAAGACCCGAGCCGGUCCCGGCGCCCUGGGGUCGGCCGAGAGGAAGAUGGAGCCGCUGGGUUUACACCUGAAAUCGCCCAAAGGGAGCCAGCCUGGGGGAAGUGGCCGUGGGGGGAGAGUGAGCCAGGAAGACCAGCACUUCAAAGAUGCAUUGGAGGAUCACCAUCAGUUCUUCGCUGCCAAAGAUUAAACACUUAAAAAAAAUAAACCAGAGGGGCCAAGAGGAAGUCAUUCCUUCUGCAGUGAAAUUUCGUUUGAAUUCCAAACUGCUUGGAUGCAGCACCAGUGAACGUCAAGCAUCUGUAAACCACGUCCUGUCUUGACCCACCCUCCCUAGCAGCCUACUGCCUCCACGGAGCCUACAGCACGCGGCCGGCCGGCGGGACAGCGCGCACCGGCGAGGCGUGGCUGGCCCCGGCUGAGUCCGAAUCUCCAUCCACCUGGACCCCAAGGAAAACAGACCUCAGGAGGAGCAGGGUACCGUCAGCCCUGCUGUGUGCGGGGGCUCAGCCCACCCCCUCCAAGCCCAGAGCUGCUUCCCUCUGGGGACUGGUAGGAAACAUAAGGUGAUCAUUGCCAAAAGUGGUUCUCUCUCAUUAAAACCAGUACAAUUGUAACCUAUUUUUUUGCACAAGGUGUUUCAUUUUCUGUUUUUGUUUUUUAAAUGGGAAACCAAGGGAAAAGCACAUUGCAAUCCAUUCAGAUGUUUAACUGUUGUGGCUCAUUUAAUGUGUGUUAGCACUUGUGUGACAAAGAGCUCAGAUGCCACCUCUCCUGUGUGUCGUUACUCAAAGAACCCAACUCUACCCUUAGUUAGGAAGAUUUUUACGCAUGUCUGUAGCUGUCUGACAGAGCAGGGUUGAAACAGAUCAGCUCCCCAAAAGCCCAUACACCUUCCAACAGUAUCUGUGCUUGAUUCUCACUGUGUCUGCAGAUACCAACCCAAGACAAAAGAGCUAGGGUGCGUGGGAGCAACUCGUUUACAUGUGUUGUGAGCUAUGCUUGAUACACAACCAGAAAGCCAUCAAUCUUCAAAGGCCUCAAAAAUACUUUUGUAAUUAACAGUGCACAAACUUAGUUGGGUUAUCCAAGGUGGCACAAAAGGGUCUCCACAGAGGUAGUAUACUGUGUCUGCUGGCACAAGUAAUAGGAAGGAGGGCUCAUUUGUAAUGACUUCCUAUUGGAAAGGCAUUUGGCAACCAGGAGCAGGAGCCGGGGUGGGGGUACUUUUGUGGGAAAGCAGAACUCAAGUUAGCUGUGGCAUUAAAAAAAAAAAAAAAUCUUUGUUUUUCAUGUAUGUGUAAUCCAAGAAUCAUGAUAGACUCUACAGACCAGGAGGGUAAGAAAUGGACACCAAAAAAGGGACUAACUAACCUCAUCGCUCCCUCGGCUUCUGCUUGGAAAGCUCUGGAAGUCAAAUGGGAGCGUUCGCGCCAGGUGGAAGCAUUCAUACCUGGGGGUCUGCAGCCUCCUCCGUCCAUUCAAGGCUGUGCCUGGAGGAGGAGGUGAUUCCAGCUUGCAGAACACGAUGCUAUUCCCAGAACACUGAGGGGUAAACCUGUAGGACUGAUAGAAAGCGGUGACGAUUUAGUUCCCUGAACGAAUCUGGGAGCUGCUGAGUCGGGAACCCUUUCGUUGCUCGUACAUUGGUGGUCAGAACUAUAGACAGCAGGUUUAUUUGGGGCAUAGUUUUUCUUUCCUUCCCUAUUUGGAAUCAUUACAGGUUGGGUCAUUUUUCUUUCUCUAAAAAGAAGAUCUGCGAAUAAUUAGACUGAACUAUGUGUAACAGGAAAAGUCCAAAGGGAAAUGGAGAAGGCGAGGAGGGUACCUGGUUACAGGCUGUAACAUGGACGGUGGUUCGAAAUCCAGUCUGAAGUCAGUUGCACUGAGGUUUUUAGCCAGCUUAUUAUAAGCAAGGAAUGAGAAGAGAAGUUCUUCCUAAAACCUUGGGUUACGUUAGAUCCAGGGAGCAGAGAGGAACAGAGCAGAAGUAGUAAACAUCAUGAUAGUCUGGUGGUAAAGACAGAGAUAAAGUAAGACAGGUUUUACUGUUCAGCUAUGUUCAGUUAAUUCAAAAUGUACAUAAAACUUUAACACUUUCCCUGACCCGAUGAAUGACCAGCAUGAUGGGAAACUCUCUGGUUAUUGUAUACAUGCGUCUGCUAACUCCUUACAGAUCUCUAUUUCUUUAAAGGAAAAGAAGAUAGAAUACAAGGCCCCUGGUCUGAUACAAAGCUCCUAUUGGAUUCUUUGGAUACAUGUAAAAAAAAAAAAAUUGCCUGUUUAAGUCAGAAGGUUGACAAAGACAUAUACAU